CCUGAGGGAGAGAGAUAGGAGGGAGGGGGAAGUGGUCGGUUCCGAGUAAGAACGUCACAUUUCUACGUCUUUGUUGGGAAAGGAGUGACAGAAGCGAGAACAGAGACAAGUACGAUCAGCUGGCUUAUAAAGGAACCAGAAGGCGACAUAACACAGACUCGAAGUGAACAAAAAGGAAGCGAGAAGCAAUCCGGACUCUUAGGAGGAUCAUAUAUGUCGCUUUGCCAUUUCAUCUGAUCUAAGUAGGGUGUUUUCAUGCGCCCUUAAAAUCUUAAGACCUGCCACCUUGCGUGUGGCUGUGAUUCUGGAUUUUAUGAACGAUGGACGAGGCUCGGGAACCUUUAUUCAAACUUUUUCAUUAAGCCUAGUAUGGAUUCAUAAAUGUCAUUUUGCUGAAAUACCACUACCCGGGAGUAUUUUUGCGCACGACUUUCUUGUGUUUGGAUGACUCUGCAAAUCGUUACUGCCAACUUUGUGAAGUGUGUUGGAACAUUUUGUGUGCUCUCGUUCAUAUAGAGGCUCACUAUAAUCCAGUUUACCUCUUUCUCAAGUGAAUCAUCAGUAUCACAUCUCGUUCCCGGCCGUGCCUGUAAUAGCAACAGAGAUCGCUCAACACAUUUCGCAGACUGAAAUUGGUGCCUCCUAGACGGCGGUUAGUGCCGUAUAUGUCCUUUCUCCAUCUGUUCUGAAGAGUUUUCUGACUCUGAAGGAGAAUAGUAUCCACCACCCGAAAUGCUGCCUCUGUCCCCUCUGUUGCUCCUCGCUUUCCCCGCUGCGCUCUUUGCGGCGGCGCAGGGCGCCGGAGACCUGCAGGGUUUCACCCUCCCUGGUGGGAGCACAGCUUUCGACCCAACAGAUCCCUGCAUGGUGGUGUCUCCACCAUGUAUGAGUGAGGCAGACCGCUACAGCCUGGAGGCCCUGCGGAGCAUCCAUCAGAUGAUGGACGAUGACCAAGAUGGUGGGAUUGAGGUGGAGGAGAGUGUGGAGUUCAUCAUUGAAGACAUGAAGCAGCAGCAGACCAACAAACACAGCAACCUGCACAGAGAAGACCAGCACAUCACAGUUGAGGAGCUCUGGAGGGGCUGGAAGUCAUCUGAAGUACAUAAUUGGACUCAAGAUGCAGUCCUUCGCUGGCUCAAGGAGUUUGUUGAGUUGCCACAGUAUGAGAAGAACUUUAAAGACUUUAAAGUCAAUGGAAACACACUCCCCAGGAUUGCAGCCAAUGAGCCUUCCUUCCUGAGUGGCCAGCUGAAGAUUCAGGACCAGAGAGACAAACAGAAGCUCAACAUUAAAGCUCUAGAUGUUGUUCUGUUUGGACCACCUACACGUCCCCCUCAUAACUACAUGAAGGACUUGCUUCUAAUUGUAUCAGUGGUGAUGGGAGUUGGAGGCUGCUGGUUUGCCCAAGCCCAGAACAAAGCCAGUAAAAUCCAUAUUUCCAAGAUGAUGAAAGAUUUGGAAAGUCUGCAGAGAGCUGAACAGAGCCUCAUAGAUCUGCAGGAACAACUGGAGCGAGCCCAGGAAGAAAAACGUAAUGUUGCAGAGGAGAAACAGAAUCUUGAGGAGAAGAUGAGGGACGAGAUCAUGGGGGCGCAGGAGGAGGCUAAUCGUCUACAUGAACUGAGGCAGGGAGCUGUCAGUGAGCUCAGCCGCCUUCGAUAUGCAGAGGAAGAGUUGGAGCAGGUCCUUGGAGCAUUGAAGCAGGCAGAGAUGGACAUGCAUGCCAGCUGGACAGCCUCAGAGGCCCUCCAGCAGUGGCUGCAGCUGACACAUGAGGUAGAGGUCCAGUACUACAAUGUAAAGAAGCAGAGUGCUGUACUACAGCUUGCAUGUGCCAAGGAAGAGGCUGAGAGGAUUAAGAAGAAGAGGAGCUCUGUGCUGGGCACACUCCAUGUCGCUCACAGCUCCUCUCUAGACCAAGUUGACCACAAGAUCCUGGAGGCAAAGAAUUCUUUGUCUGAAGUAACAGCCUGCCUACGGGAGCGCCUCCAUCGCUGGCAGCAAAUUGAACGCCUUUGUGGCUUCCCCAUCAUUAGAAAUCCUGGCCUGGCAAACCUCACUGCUCAGCUCUAUUCAGACUCACUUGCCCUUGGGUUGCCCCGAGUGCCACAGGCAUCUUGUUCAUGCCACAGCUCUCUCCAUGGAUCUUUAGAGGAUUUGUUAGAAGAGUCUGCUUCUCCAAUCUUACAACACAUGCCAGUUCCACCAAUGAAGCGCUCUCCUCGAACAAAGGGAUCCACCAUACGUCGGUCACGUCGUACCGGCAUCAUCACUCAGCCAACUGCUAGCAUGGUCUCGUCAGACCCAGACCUUCUCAUCCCCAUCCGAUCCCCAUACCCUUGCUUUGAUGAGGAAGAGGGACGUUUCCUGAAAUCGCUAAAGAAACAAGACUCCGAAGAGAUGUUUUCAGAUACAGAAUAUAUGACUUCAGCUCCUCUCAGCAAACUGUUCCCAUGUCCCACUGUUGACAGUUCCUCUCAAAAGCUCUAUCAUGAUGAAGCUGAGCUGCUUUCAGACAGCUCCAUCACAAAGCCCUUGAGUAAAGAAGUAGAAGCUAUUGUUGAAUUGCCAGUUCGCAGAAUUUCUGUCCAAGAGUGUGAUGCCUCUGUAGAUGUUUCCUGCAGAAAGGUAAUGAAAGACAAAGCAUUGGACAGGGGUGAAGUUCCCAUGACUGUUACAGUCAGAAAGGGGCUUUCCAAUGAAUUGGAUGCAGACUUUCCAGCCAGGAAAGUAGAGGGAGAUACAAAAGGGGAUUUGGUGGACACUAGUUCAAGGAAUAUACACAGAGAAAGAAGUGAUUUACCUGUGGAUGUAAGAAAGAGUCUUUGGAAUGAAUUAGAUGGAAAAACCGAUGUGGCAUCUAGGAAGAUAUCAGGAGAUAUGAUAGGGGUUUCAGUGGACAGUGCCACAAGAAAGAUAAUGCGAGAUGAUGUUGAACGUCCAUUUGACUCAGUAUCCAGAAGGAUUACAAGGGAUUCAAUGGGAACAUCCCUCGAUACAAGUUCUAGAAAGCUCCUGAGGAAUAAAGGAGAAUGCCAGCUUGAUUCCGCUGCAAGGGCAUUAACAAAAGACAAAAUGGUUGAGACCACUAGAACACCAUCAAGAAAGAUAUCUAGAGAUGAGCUGGAGUAUUGUACAGAUACUGCUUCCAUAAGGAUGCUACCCAGAGAGAAAUUUGAGGCACUUGAAGUACUUACAGAUACUUCAUCCUCUGCAGAGAAACAAGAGUUUAGUUUAGAACCAUUGACAAGUAGAAGAACACUGAGAGAUGAACUUGAGAUAGCUGCUGGUUCUCUCAGAAGGAGAAUACCAAGAAUGGCAAGAAAUAACACUGACAGUUCCACAGACAGCUUCACAGAAAAAAAUACUUGGGACAGAGUUGAUGUUCCAAUGGAAAUACCCAAAGAAUCAAUACUUAAGGAAGAGUUCAAAGCAUUGGAAUCAAGUUCAUCUUCAUCUGAGCCGCCAGAUCUUAUGGUAACCUCCCAGGGGCCAUGGAAGUCGUCAUCAGAUCUUUUCCCCGUUGGCCAGUUGAGCCAGCUUGUUUAUGAUGGAAUCCUUGAGAAGUCCUGCAACUCCAUGGCUACGACUCCAAACAGCCUCUCUUCCUCAGCACCAAACCUGUCCCCAAGCAGGCUGCUAGCAGAGGUGGAGCCACCGUUGCCACCAAGAAAUGCCGUCCCAUCUGCAUUGCCCUGUGAAGGGCACAGAGAUAAAGAAAAGAGCAAAAAAUCUUUAAAGCUCAAAAAUCUUUUUAAAAAGAAAAAUGAGUCAAGUCCAGAGAAACUUCAAAGUGGUCUUCAGAAACUCUGACAGUGACCAAAGAUUUUUUUGGGUUUUUUUUUGCUGUUAACAUUUUAUUUAACCAAAAAAGGUGAUAAAAUCAUUUCAAUCAUCUUUAAGUGAAAAGUUUUAGAAAAGCAUUGUCUUAUCUAAAGCACAAUCACAGUACAUGUACGAUAUCUAAUGUUACCUAUAAAAAAAUGUCAACAAAAUUCAGGACAUUUGGAGACAUUAGUCAGUUGCAUAUGCCACAAGAUCAAUAUGUCAGAGGAGAUAGUUGAAGCUCAAUUCUUUCCUGCUAAGCAGAGGAGCAGUGCUACUUGUUAAGUACUGGAGCACACUUGUGUAAUUGUUGCGGCUCAUUCGAAAGUUAUGUAACCAUUUUUCCAACGGUAGCAAGUUUACAAACUUUAGUCAACCAUAGUUGAUCACAAGAUCAGAUAUUGACUGACCUGAUGAACAGAAUUUCUUGUUGAGAAUAAUACUUAGGGCUGCCAGCUCUUAAGACUCACCUAAUUAAUACUCCUUAGACAUUCUUAUGCCACAUGUUCAAUUUCUCACAACAAAAUGCUAAUUUUUAACUGAUAUUGACACAAAAGAGGACACUGACACCACACAGAGAGACUGGGGACAGCAGGCAUGGGAACGCUCUUUUACCAUGAUUCCCAGUAAAAGGUUAACAAGUUAAUAUACCGAUGCAAAAUCAUCUCCAGAUACCCUGAUUAUAUUUGGUCUCCUGAUUUAGAUACUAUGGUUGUAGUUGGUUGUAAUUACCUUUACAUUUAUUAACUUAACCUACUUGUGUCAAGCAGAAAAAGCCACAUUGUGCCGUGCAGGCAGAGGUCAAGCUCAUCUAAUGGGUUAGUUAUUACCUGCAGAUAUUGUGGAUGGGGCACAAAAUGGCUGAGUUUAACAGGCUGGCUUUGUAGUGUUUCUUUGCAACAUUGAAUCAGAAUUUUAUUAGACUUUUUGGGUCAGACUUUUGCAAAAUGCUAAUGAACAGUUUGCUUGAAAGAUGUUAUUUAUUUAUUUAAAAAAACACACAUUUAAAUACAGAUUUUUAAUGCUUGAAUUGGUGAUGUGUAUGGAGGAUUUAUGUUUCUUGUUUUUGUUUAGGGUAGUAAGUAGUUUGUUUGAAUUGAAACAACUCAGACAUGUACAACCAGGAUUCCAAAAUGUUGGGAUGCUCUGUAAAAUGUGAACAGAAACAGAAUGUGCUGACUUGUAAAUUAUUAUCAAUUGUUUUUAUUUUAUUUGUUGCUUUUGUUUUUAGAUAUGACACUUUCCAAAAAAGUUGU